AUGGAGCAAAUAGAUCAUCUCCGGAUCGUUCUGCUGGGUAAAACUGGAGCCGGGAAGAGCGCAACAGGAAACACCAUCCUGGGACGAGAGGCUUUUGAGGAGAAAUGUUCUUCAGAGUCUGUCACUAAGAAAUGUAGUGCACAUAGAGCGAUAGUAGAUGGCCAGAUAAUCACUGUGAUUGACACGCCGGGACUCUAUGACACAUCAAUGAACCAAGCACAGCCUAAAGAUGAAAUAGAAGAUUUGUUCAAACAUUCUGGUGAUGGUGUUCAUGCAUUUCUGCUGGUGAUCAACCUGUGCACUAGAUUUACAGAGGAGGAAAGUAAUACUGUGCAGUGGAUCAAGGAUAACUACGGUAAAGAGGCUUUAAAAAACACCAUUUUGUUGUUUACAAAUGGAAAACAAUUAGACUCCAAUGAAACAACAAUUGAAGAAUAUGCAGGGGAAAAACUGAAGAGGUUAGUUGAGCAGUGUAAUAAAAGAUAUCAGGUUUUUGAAAACACAACUAAUGAUCGUUCCCAGGUCACUGAGCUUGUGGAAAAGAUAAAGAAAAUGAUACAGGACAAUAACCUUUACACUAAAAAGAAAUAUGAGGAAACUCAAAGAAAAUUGUUCUAUGCAAAUGUUGCAGGAGUUGUAACUGGAGGAGCAUUAGGAUCAGGAGCAGGAGGGGGAGCAGCUUAUUUAGCAGCUGCUAAAGCUACAACAAUUGCAGCUUCAGCGCUGGGGGGGGGUGUAGGUGUAGCUGUAGCAGCUGGAGUUUGUGGAGUUGGAGCAGCGACAUACAAGUAUUUUAAAAGUGAAUCAUCAACUGAAAAUAAGGACAAAGAAGCUUGA